AUGCUUUCAGUUUUCUGCUACACGGAAUUUGCAGUAGAAAUUCCGGUCGCCGAAGGUUCUUUUGCUUACCUGAGAGUAGAAUUAGGAGACUUUGCAGCAUUUAUAGUAGCAGGGAAUACACUUCUUGAAUCCAUUGUGGGAAGUGCAGCUGUUGGUAGGUCAUGGACUUCUUACUUCACAACUCUUUUGAACCGACACCCGAACUCAUUACGUAUACAUACAAAUCUCACAAAAGGGUUCAACCUCCUUGACCCUAUUGCUGUUGUAGUUUUGGCAAUUGCAUCCACCAUAGCCAUGAUCAGCACAAGAAAAACUUCAUACUUCAACUGGAUUGCAUCUGCUAUAAACACCAUAGUAAUUUUCUUUGUGAUAAUUGCAGGGUUUGCUCAUGCUGAUACCUCCAAUUUGCAACCUUUUAUGCCUCAUGGUGCUGAAGGGGUCUUCCAAGCAGUAGUAGCAAUUGUGUAUUUUGCUUAUGGAGGAUUUGACAAUAUUGCGACAAUGGCAGAGAAAACAAAAAAUCCAUCAAGAGAUAUUCCACUUGGGUUGCUUGGAUCAAUGUCAAUGAUUACUGUGAUAUACUGUUUGAUGGCACUUGCUGUGAGUAUGAUGCAGAAAUACACCGAUAUAGACACAAAUGCAGCAAACUCUGUUGCAUUUCAGAGUGUAGGGAUGAAGUGGGCUAAGUACCUGGUUGCUCUUGGAUCCCUCAAAGGGAUGACCACUGUUCUAUUGGUAGGAGCACUAGGGCAGGCACGAUAUACUACUCAUAUUGUGCGAGCCCAAAUGAUUCCACCAUGGUUUGCUCUCGUCCACCCAAAGACAGGAACCCCUAUUAAUGCCACUCUCUUGAUUACCAUUUCAAGUGCCAUUAUUGCAUUCUUUUCAAGCUUGGAUCAGUUGGCAAGUUUGUUAUCAGUCAGCACACUCUUUAUCUUCGUGAUGAUGGCAGUGGCACUUCUUGUGAGGAGAUACUAUGAACGAGGAAUUACUCCUCGAGCAAACCUCUUGAAGCUAGUUGCCUUCUUGCUGAUCAUUAUUGCUUCCUUCAUGGGGACUUCAGCAUUCUGGGGAUUGAACCCAAAGCAACGAACACCAAAAGUCUGGGGAGUUCCACUUGUUCCGUGGUUGCCAUCCUUGUCAAUUGCAACAAAUUUGUUUCUCAUGGGAUCAUUGGGAUCUCAGGCUUUUAUAAGGUUCGGCGUCUGCACGUUUGUAAUGCUGGUCUACUAUGUUCUUUUUGGUCUCCAUGCAACAUAUGACAUGGCCCAUCAGCAACACAAGCUAGAAUCACAAAAAAUUCUUCAAGAAGAAGACAUGGAAAAAGCAGGGCCAUAA